UUUUAUUUCUGUCUGUUCUUAUGAUCACUUGUUGAGUGUAGAUGUCAGAUGCUAAUUCAGCUAAAAAUACGUUUCGCCAGUUUAUAGAAAAUACUCAGUUAAAGAGAUAACAGAAGAUAAGAGUGUUAUAAAUUCCGAAAAUAAACGAGAGUAUGACAUUAGAAUUUAGUGGUAUUUUGUUUUUUAAUUCAUGUAAUUGAGAGAUGACUCAUUGGCAGAAAAACAAUGCAGUGCAUUCCUACUCUUUAACAGGCCAGGAUUCUGCUUCUGCAGUUUAUACAUUUGUUUGUGCUCUUUGUUUGAACCAUGUCUGUGAUAAUUAAAUAACCCAUAUUUAUCGAUUAAUUGUUACAUCCUAAUUACUGAUGCAGUGUUUCUGGUGUUAAAUGUUGAAAGCAGAAAAUGGAUAGCAAUCUACCUCCUCCAGUUCCAAAAAUAAGAGAAUCGAAAAAGCCUAUACCCACACCAAGGAGAAGCAUAAUCAAGGGUAACUUGGAACAAAUUGCAGAAACUACACCUAGUCCUCUAGAAACUAUAUAUUCACUGCCUGAAUUACCAGAAUCGAAUGUGAAUGGUCUUUUAACUCCUCUACAAUCAAGAACUGAAAUCGGUAAGCCAGCUUCUACAGAAAGUUUAUCUAGUGCCGAAGAAACGACAAAUACGAAUACCUUAACAAAACGAGUAAGUUCAGCCUCGAAGCAGCUAGCUGAUGACAUAAGCCAACUUGUUCAAGAAAGAAAGAGAGCUGUUAUCGAAGGAACUAGACAAAGUGUUAGAAGAAUUGCUAGAAGAUUUAGUUCGAGUUCGCAAAGUGAAAGUGCUUCGGAAGAAGUACCGCCGCCUGAAAAAGGCGAAGAAGACAGUAUUAGUUUAUUUAGUGCUAUAACUUUUAGUUCGCCUCUAUCUGCUACGGAAAAUAUUUAUAAUAAUGUAGAAAGUGACCAUAGUUCGGUUUCUUCGGAUGAAAACUCUAUUACUCUACCUCCCCCAAGUCAUCCUCCUCCUCCUCCCCCAGAUGAAUCGUUAUAUGAUGCACCUUUGUCAAUUGCUUCUAGCAGUAAUUCUGGGAAUUCUAUCAAUUUAAAAUCUAAAACAGAAAAUUACGAAAGUAUUUUUCCACGUCACUCUUACAGUGGUGAACCAAGUUUUAAUAAUGCAGACAAAUCAAGUUUUUUGUGCAGAUCGGAAUCUUGGAAACUCUACGACAGUGUCAGUAGAGACAAUGGAUAUACCACCUGUGCUGACCAGUUGGAGAAAUCGUUAAAAGAACUUGAAAAGAAAAUAGAUAAUCUUGAUAUCAACUUGAAUGUUAGUAAACCUGAAAGACCUCCCAGUCUGAAACCCAGUGUGUAUGAAAACCAUCAAAUUUUAUCUCCAAUUCCCCCUCAACGACCUGAAAACCAUCAAAUUUUAUCUCCAGUUCCUCCUCAAAGGCCUCCACGUGCUUCAAAAAGUGUCAUAGUUCAGUUUGAUCCCAUUAUGAGACAGGAUAGUCUAACAGAUAGUGUACAAGGUCAAAAUGAUAUCCGAUUAUUGGAAGAAAUGCUUCAAGGGGAUCUCUACGGAAACAUAUCGAAUGCACAUACGUUUGAUGAAUGGAGCAUAUCAAACGAAUCUGAAUCCGAAGAAGUCAUCAGUCCUCCGACUCCUCCAAUGAGGGUUGAUUCCUUGCCUGGUGAUGAACAAGAAGCGGAAAAAGAAAAAACUGAUCAACUGAAGUCCAGAUCGAAUUGGUUCACACAAGAUAACUCUGCUCCAAAGUCAGCUCCCCCAGAAAACAAAAAGAGUUGGUUUAAACAAGUCAAAGGGGUAUUAGAAAAGGCUCCGGAUGUAGUUAGAGGCCUCAAAAAUAAAGACAACUCAGUGGACAGAGCUGCCAUAGCUGUGAAUAUGGUCAUUCAGAAGAAGGGAAUGUUGUACAAAGUUCAAAAUGGACCAGUGGAGGAUUUAUUUGGAGAAUACAGUGGAAGGUGGUGUAUUCUGGAAAAUUCGAAUUUUCUUUGCUAUUCCGACAAUACUUGCCAACAUUUGAAGGAGAAUAUUACCGGACAAAAUAUUUUAAGCAUACAGUUACUGCAAGACAAAAAGUACAAUUAUAAAUACGAUAAUGAUGAACUGUACUGUUUUGAACUAAAUACGACUGGAAAAACUAGAGGUGGGCACAUCUAUGGUACAAGGAACAGUGCCGAAAGAAGGAUAUGGGUUCAAUUCAUUUGCGAGUCUUUGACGCACAGAUUUUCAUCAAAAAUAACUACAAAUAUCAAUAGAAUGGGAUGGGCCUAUGUUAGAGAAGGUGUGAGUGGUAAAUGGGCAGGUGCCUGGAUAGUCUUAGCUAAGAGAGAAUUUAGCUAUGCGAUAGAUGGCCAACCUGUAAAACACAUGGAUUUGAGAAAAGCUAGGUGUAUUGUGUUGCAAUCUUAUGCGGAUGGUGAUAAUCCCAGAACUAAUGAUAAGGGUCCUAAUAUGUUAAUAGACUGUCCGAAUAUGGCGUUGUAUUUAAGAAUGUGGACUUCAAGAGAGACUAAGGUUUGGUGUCACAUAGUAAAAUUAGAAGCACAUGAUAAUGGUGCCAAACUAGACCAACACCAAUUGACUAAGAAUGAUGUUCCUGUGAUAGUUGAAAAAUGUAUUAAUUUUAUUUAUGCUCAUGGUAGUAUGAGUGAAGGUAUUUACCGCAGGCCUGGUCAAGGUUCGGCGAUUUCAGAAUUGUUAACAAAAUUUCGGCAAGAUGCAUUUGCAGUGCAAUUAACAAACGACUUAUGUACCGAACACGAAGUAGCAACAGCUCUGAAGAGAUUCUUCCGAGAUUUACCAGAACCCCUUUUAGGUAGCAAUCAAAGGCAGUACCUCUAUGAGGUUUCAAAGCAUAAAAAUAGAGAAGAAAAAAUAAGAAUGUAUAAAGCCGCUCUGGACCAGUUACCGCCUAUAUCUUAUAACACUACCAGAAAACUGAUGGGACAUUUACACUUUAUCAGUUCGCAGAGUGCCAAAAACUUAAUGACAGCUGAAAAUCUUGCCAGUAUUUGGGGACCUACUUUGUUACAUUAUGAGGACCCCGAAGGUGAUAUAAAUGUAAACCAUAGUCAUCAACUUGAUACAGAAGUGGUAGCUCAAUUGAUAAAAUACUAUCGUUAUAUUUUUCCCGAAGAUCCAGGAGACUUGGAAAAGGAGAAACACAUGUUACGAGUCCUGGAAAAGUAUUCAAAAGCCCAACAGAGUAAAGUAUCAGAAAAAUCAGCAGGUGAUUUAAGGAUAUGGGUAUAUCUUCACAACAAAGAGGGACAAUCUUUUAAUGUCUCGAUUGGUCCUAAUAAGACAGCCUAUGAUUUGUGCAAAGAACUGUGCCAGCAAAUGAGACUUCUUGUGCAUGAACUGGUAGUUGAAGAAAUUAUUUUAAAUGAUAAACUGGUUAGGCCAGUUCAUCAUCAAGAAAAGCUAUUGGACGUUGUCUUAAAAUGGGGCUACUGGGAUGAGCAAGAUCGAAAAGACAAUUACCUGACAGUAGCUCCACUGUCAAAAUACUGGGAAUACAUUGUAGACAAACGAUAUCCAGUCUCCGGUGAGAUGAGAUUUGCAGAUAGCAAAACAAGACUGUGUAAAAUGUUAACGUUCCAAUUUUCUCAAGGAAAAUUAACAUGCUUUAAAGAUAAAUCGGGAGAAGUCAUUCUACAUUCUUGGAACAUAGAGGAUAUAGUCUGGUAUCUAGGACACGAAUCAAAACGAAGCACACAAUCCAGAUGGACUAUCACAUUUAUCGACGUCAAUGUGCAACCAGUAAGAACGAAGAACUCUACUUUCUUCGGAUCCGUCAUAGUUUGGAACGACGCCGCAACUAGAGCUAAUUGGCUCAGUGCUAUGUUGAACGCGAGGUAUCCAAAUAAUGUGACACCUCCUCCAAGUUUGGUGUCCAUUGAGUAAGAGACGGGAAAAGCUUUAAGAAGACGGGAAACACGUGAUGUUUGGAGAAUGGUACUGAAAUUAAACCAAAAAUAUCGAACAAAAUUAGUAAAUUUUCUUUUUAAUUAUGAAUGAUGAAGUUGCAAUUAUAUUUCUAAUUAAUCGUUCAGCGUUGUGUAGUCAGUUAUUAAUAUUAAUUAAAACUAAACCAUUAAUUAAUUGGAAAAAGACUGUACGACUUUUAAAAUACACACUUCUAAAAUAUGUUCUAUGCACAUAUGUGUAUGUUCUCAAAAACUUAGUAGUGUUUAAAUUUGUAUUAGAAUCAGCAAAGUACUUUCAGCAUGUCACAUGCCAUCUUCAGAGCUUCCUAUAAAGAACAAUAAUUUAAGAUUUUUUUUAUAAUUACAAAGAGUUAUUGUCAACACAAAGUACAAUACAAAAAAUUUAAAGGCGAACGUCUGUUAUAGGGGUUAACCCCCUUUAAACAGCCUUUUUGACAAAUUCUUGCACAGCCGUUUCGCUCGUUUCAACGAGGCAGCAAUUGGUAUAAACUAAAAGUCAAACAGUUAGGAAUGCACGGCAUAGAUUUAAUGACAUCAUAACCCACCGGUACAAACUUGACGGCAAACAACUUCAACAAAUUUUUCCUCAUACAUAUAUUAGUUUUUUCGCUACCGUCAAGUUUAUCAGGAAAGCGCUGUUGCCAAAUAAAAAACAUAUGUAUUUACCACAGCAACUACCGACUACAAUGUUUCUCUUUGUCUUUAAGUGUGUGAAACAAAGAUAACUAUCUGUAAUAUAAGUGUCAAAGUCAUGUCCUAUAGAAGGUUAGGUAAGAUUUUUGAUCUAAUCGACCAUUCAAGGAUAGAGAAAGGAAAAUGAAGUUGGUUAAAAAUAAACUGUCGUUAAAAUAUAAACUAAAUAAAUAAAAUAUAAUUUGAAAACCAUAAUUUGACAGUAUAUUUAACCUCCUAUAUUAUGACAGACGUCAGUUACCAUUUACAAUCUCACCAAGUAUAAUAAUGACGUCAUGUAAACUCGUCACUCAUUCUAGCCAAUGAAAUGCUCGCUGUAAUAGGAAUGGUAUGUCAAAAAAUCAGAUUAUUCCUUAUAUAUUUUUUCAAAUUUAGAAUAUAGCAACCAGGGGAAAAUUACGUCCCUUCCUUAUUGUUUGACUUUUCCUAUACCAAGUUUUUUUUAAAUGUGAUUUUUACAACUUUUUACCCAUAAAACACUUAAAAAAUAUUUUUUAAGUGUUUUAAAAAAAAUUUUUUUAAGUGUUUUACCCCAUAUAAAAGAGUUGUUGGCAGUUUAAUGUUUUUUAUUGUGUUUUGUGUUGACAAUAACUCUUCUAUGAGCUAUUUAUAACCUCCUAUAAGAAGUUUUUUAGUUCUUUUUAAUUUUAAAAAAUUCUCUUGAAGUAUUGUCUUUUAUAUAUAUUGUCUUUUAUAUAUAUAUAUAUAUAUAUAUAUAUAUAUAUAUAUAUAUAUAUAUAUAUAUAUAUAUAUAUAUAUAUAUAAAUAGAAAAAUAUAUGAAGAUUUCACGAGGACAAAUUUUUGUAUUGUUUUAUAUGGGUAACUUAAAAAGUAUUGUUCUUUGUAUUAUAUUAAUUUGAUUUUAUAAAAAUGUCUUAUAUUUUUGGAGUGAGAAUCUAAUAAUAACUAACAAGCAAUAACUUUCUUAACUUGCUGGCAAGAGUUUUAAAAAAUUGUGUCCAUUUUUUUAUCGUAUAGAAAAAAAUUUUUUGAUUUUGAAGGAUCCUUACGUUCUUUCGGCUAGUAAUCUUUUUUAUAAAACUUUAUAUUUGUAGAAUUGAGUUUAUACUAUCUACAAAAUACUGAUUAAAAAAUCGUUUCCUAUUAUCUACUCACAGCUAAGAAAAAGCGUGCCUAAUAGCCCAAUAAAUGACCGUUUUGGAGUGUAAUUUCCAGAGGCAACUCCGAAUUCCAUGAAAAUUUGGAUUUAGGUUCUACUUACCCUCCACUUCAAAGUUGAAUUUGUGCCGUUGGUUGCUUUUACUUGGGGGGUGAUAUUUACCCCUUCUCGGGGGUUGAAAAGCGCGUGUUUAAAAUAAGGCCGGAGAUGGAUAAAUUGACUUAUUUUAAGCACCUUUUGUUCUAUAAAGUUUUUUACGUAAGUCAAUACUUUUCGAGUUAUUCGCGAUUUAAAAUGUUGAUUUUUCGACAAAAAAAAACUACGUUUUCAGACCGUUUUUCGCAAAUAACUCAAAAAGUAAAUAUUUUAUCGAAAACAAUGAUGUACCAGUAAAGUCUACAAAUUGAGUAGAAGCAAAGUUGUAGCUCAUGAAAAAUACGUUUUUAUUCGUCUAAUUCCAAAUCGAAUAAUUCAACGCGAAAUCACCGAAGAAAGAAGCGUUUUUCGGGAAAACCUUAUUAACAUUUUUAAAGUAUCGAAGAAAAGCUUAUUAUUUGUUUUUUACAAAAGUUUACAGCAUCAAAAAUAAACGAGUUACACUGAAAAAAAGUUGGCCCCUUUUUUUUGGUAAAAAAAAUCGCGAAAACCUCCUUCUAUUUAGCACCGUAAAUGAAAUUAAUCGUUUGGCUUUACCAUCUAUUUUAACUGUAUGUGUAUUGUUUAUAUGAUCUGUAAGUUUGAUUGGUUUGAAGUGCUUAUUUUUGAAAACACUUGGUUUUAUAGUAAAAAAAAAAUUCCUAAAAAUUUUUGAAAAUUUUUAUUUUUUCAAAAUAACUUAAAAAGUAUUAGUGAUAAGAAAAAUCUUAGAGAGUAAAAAAAUGUAGGUUUUGUUAUUAUAAAUAUGCUAGUUUCAUUUUGUUUCUCCGUAAGACAAAAAUUGGUUAAGAUAUGGCUGUUCAAAAUUUACAUACUCUCCUGAUUAGUGACCCAUUCAAGCUUUCUCAAUUAUAACCCUUUCAAAAAUAAACACUUAAAAACGGUGAGACUGACAGAUCAUAUAAAAAAUAGAUAGGUAAGUAAAUUGUUUGUAAAGCGGUAGCGAUUAAUUUCAUUUGCGGAGCUAACACGGCGAGAUUUUCAUGAGUUUUUACAAAAAAAAAGAGGGCCAAUUUUAUUUUGAACGUAACUUGCUUAUUUUUAAUGCUAAAACUUUUGUUAAUAAUUAAAACAAAGCUUUUUAUAAACACUUUUAAAAAAUUUAAAUGGGUUUUUACCGAAAAAUGCUUAAUUUUUCGAUGAUUUCACCUUGAAAUAUUCGAUUUGGAAUUAGACGAAUAAGAACGUAUUUUUCAUGAGCUACAACUUUGUUUUUAUUUGAUCGAUAGACUUUACUGAUACACCAUUUUUUUGGGUUUUUAUAAGCUACACUUUUGCUAAGGAUAUGUUUUUCGAUAUAAUAUUUACUUUUUGAGUUAUUUGCGAAAAACCGUCUGAAAACGUAGUUGUUUUGUCGAAAAAUCAACAUUUUCAAUGGCAAAUAACUCGAAAAGUAUUGACUUACGUAAAAAACUCUAUAGAACAAAAGUUGCUUAAAAUCAGUCAAUUUAUCCAUUUCCGGUCUUAUCUUGAACGUAUGUUUUUUCACCCCCCGAGAAGGGGUGACUGUUACCCCCAAGUAAAUGCAACCAACGGCACAAUUUCAACUUUGAAGUGGAGGGUAAGUAGAACCUAAAUCCAAAUUUUCAUGCAAUUCGGAGUUGCCUCUGAAAAUUACACGGUAUCGCCGAAUUUCCCGUUCAUUUACUGGGCUAUAAACAAUUAGUGCCCGUUCACAUGAGAGGCGCUUAACGCGCGUUUUGAUAACGCGCGAUUACAACUACAUACAUUUUACUUGAGACCGUUCACAUGCUAACGCGCGUUUUAAUGACCUAAAACGCGCGUUAGCAUGUGAACGGUCUCAUGUAAAAUGUAUGUAGUUGUAAUCGCGGGUUAAGCGCCUCUCUUGUGAACGGGCUCUUACAGUGAACAGAUAUUAUAAAUUCAUCAAGGACAAACCUGUCUCAAGGUACUACUUGCCUCUAAGGCAAGCCGCACACCAAAGAAACAUGAAACAAAAAACAUGAAGCAUGAAACGAAAAACAUGUUUCAUGAAAAGAAAACACUACUAAACAAAUCUCAAAGUCCGCCUACCAAUGAAACGAGUGUGAUUCAUGCUCAUGACCCAUUUUUAUUUUCGGAGAGUUUCACAAAUGGCCGGACAUAUAUUUGUUUAGCAGUGGUUUAUUUCCAUGAAACGUAAUUUACGUUUCAUGUUUCUUUGAUGUGCGGCCUGCCUUAGAGCCCGUUCACAUGACAGGCGUUCAACGCUCGUCAAGCGCAUGUCAUGUGAACGGGCUCUUACUCUCUACAGUUAUUUUACGAUCAUUCAGCCAAUGAAUAUUCCGUGAAAACGAUCAUUAGGGAUAGGUCUGGAUCCCGCGUAUGAAAAAAAAGUUGAUUAAUAGCAAGCUGAAAAUUUGUUAAUAGCUUAAGGGUGUCUAGUCGGAUAAACUUUGAUAUAUGGGAACACUGGAACAGGGGCAGUUUUAAUUGUGGAACAGUUUAAAAAUUUGGAACGGUCAGACCGCGAAAACGGCACACUUAUUUUGUCCGACAGAAUAGACUUAAACUCUCCGAACAGAGAUUAAACUCUUAUGCAAAAAUCAGACUGCUAUUUAUCACCUGUCAUAAUUCCUGUCAUUUGACAUAUUCUACAUGUUCCACUCAUUAAAACGCCCAUUUGGUGAUAAAUAGCAGUCUGAUUUUUGCAUGAGAGUUUAAUCUCAGUUCGGAGAGUUUAAGUCUGUUCUGUCGGACAAAAUAAAUGUGCCGUUUUCGUGGUCUUACCGUUCCAAAUUUUUAACCUGUUCCACAAUUAAAACUGCCCCUGUUCCAGUGUUCCCAUAUAUCAAAAUUUAUCCGACUAGACACCCUUAAGCUAUUAACAAAUUUUCAGCUUGCUAUUAAUCAACUUUUUUUUCAUACGCGGGAUCCAGACCUAGGAGUGUCGAUGAACUCUGCUUGCAUUUUCUUGGUUGUGAAUAUAUUAUACAUUUAACCAAGUAACCUGUCGUCAAUGAGUCUCGGGUCACUUUAAGAACUAUAAUUCGGUAAAAAAUAAUCCGAAUACAAUGAAAUUUUGACAGUUUUCUUUUGAAGGUUGGGAGAACUGAAAUGUCAAAUGGAAAAUUUAUUAGAGUCGCUAUCUCUUGGUGAGGCCCAGGAUUUAUUGACCGACGGAUUAGAAACUACAAAUGUAUUAGUUUUUUUAGCAAAAAUAAGAAUCUGUCGAUUUCCCAAUGAUACCAACUGUCCCGUUAUAUUUACUUAUAUUCUUAAUUUUUAUUCUAUUUUAAUUCUGUAAUUAGUAGCGACUGAAAAAAGUUAAAAAUCCUAGAAAUAUUUUUGUAAGCAAAAAUUAAAAGUAGUAAAAAAAUUACUUAAAAUUGGUAAUGAAAUUAUCGGACAAAAUAACUAGACUGAUUUGAAAUUUUGUUUAGUAAAUUGAAUUUUUAUUUUAUUGUGUGAUUCCUGUUUUUAUAUUAUAUACUUCAAAGGUUUCCUUAUUAAAGUGCCUAUAUGACUAUGUAGUGUAGUGAGAUAUUUUAGAUUUUAUACCAGAAUUGUAUUAUGAUGAAAUUUUAAAUAUUACAAUUUUAUAUAUUAUACAAAUUUUAUAAAUAUAUUGAUAUAGAAAUCGUGUACUAUACUUAUACUAUUUACAAAAUAAAGUUAACUUUAUAAAUUCA